UUGCAGUUUCCACACGGCAUCCGCCCCGCACCCAACCCCAAAUAAAUCGCCUCUAUCGUUCCAUUCUAUCCCUUUGCAAGAUAUCUCUCGUGGACCGUUAUAUUCUUAUUCCUCCCCGUUGUUAUUGAUCUUUCGUCGUCGCAGCCGGCUGCUCUUCCCCGCUGGAUUUGAAUUCCUACGGCCGGUCGCCCUCUGCCGGUCUGCGGGCAAACGACCGGAGAGACGGAAAGUCGAUCGAGAUCCGCGGGUUAUCAUCGUCUCCCUGGGACUGCUCCCUGGCGAGAGAGGAGGAAGAAGCCGUUCGUACUGAUGACGGACCUGUUUUAGGAAGAAAAGAAAAGGAGAACAAUCAAAAAGGACGUGCUUGCCAUACCCACAGGAAUUUUUCAUUUUGCAAACAUUAUUGCGAUGGUUCAACUUAACCUAAGAAUCUAAGAUCAGUCGUCUCUUCUUCUGUUCAUUCAAAUUAGUAUAUUUUUCCCUGCAAAAAAAAUAUAAAAAAAUAGUAUAUUUUUUGCAGAUAUAUUUUUAAACAAGCAGUACACGCUGUUCUAUGGUCAAUAUUGUGCUGUUUAAACUAAAACCAACCAUCUUACGCGGUCUCCAGCCUGCUUAAUAUAUAUCAGGGUGACGUGACAUUAUUUUACUGAAUCAGAGCUUAAGUAGUCUCCGUUUUCCAAAACGCCCAUGAUAUUUGCGUGCCCCGGCUCAUCGAUAAUGAUAUUCGAGGACGACCACGUCCAAUGUUUUAGUCUGUACUUCAGUUUGUCCUUCCAGAACAAGUUCUUAAAUUGUACCUGCAACCUGCAAUACAAAAUAAAAUCUAAAUAAUACUCUCUCCGAUCCUAAAUUGUUGUCGAAAUAUUACAUGUAUCUAAACACUUUUUAAGAAUAGAUAUAUCCAUAUUUGGACAAAUUUGAGUCAAGAAUUUAGGAUCAGAGAAAGUACGUAAUAAUAUAGCAGUAGUAGCUUCAGAAAAUAGAUUUUUGAUCGAGAUGAGGUUAUUGGUGAAUUCAUGAUCAUAAAAAACCCAACAUCUAGUAUUAAGAGGAAGGAUACGAAAUCAUUCACAAAUCACAAAGCCAUCCGAUGGUCCACCAUUGAUCUAUAUAUGGUUCAGUGGCCCUCAAUGCAUUCUGUUCUGACGCUGUCAAAUUCUGGCCUUUUUGUUGUUGACUGCAGACAAGGCGCCGUGGAUCCUCUGAUAUACUUGAGCGUAGUACGUGGGUGGUUUUUCGCGCGGCGGCUGGUCAAUGGCGGUGUCGGCCCGUCCGUACCGGUUCCCCACGCUCAGCGAGGAGGACGAGCCCGCGCGACGACGCUCCGCCGGGUCCCCUAGACCGUCGUCGUGCGGGGCGUGCGGCGCGUCGGCGGUGGCGAACUGCGUGGCGCUGUGCUGCUGCCCGUGCGCCGUGGUGAGCUGCUUCACGCUGGCGCUCGUCAAGGCGCCCUACGUGGCGGGCCGGCGGUGGGUCAGGCUCAGGCUGGCCAACGCCAAGACGCGGCGGACCAGGAGGGGCGCCGCGCUGCGGAACAGGAAGCGGGUCCGGAGCCUGGAGGAAGAAGACAAGCAGGCGGCGGAGGGGCUCGCCGUCGCGCGGGCUAGCAAGGAGUGGUGCGAGCUGGGCCGGCCCCGGCCGGCUGCCGCGUCGGGGUGGUGGGGCAGCUACGGUAACACUCGUGAUCAUGAGGCGAUCGUUAGUGUGGUCGGGGAGGGCAGGCUAAGGGUGAGCGCGACGGAGGAGGCGUGGAUGGAGAUGUACGAGGUCGGCAACUGGGGGUUCGGCAGGCUGUCCUUCUCGGUGGCCGGAGACGAGGCGACGCAGGAGCAGGUGACCAGAGGCGAUACCGAGAAAAAGGAUGGCAGUGUUGCUGCGGGGCCGUGACCGUGUUUGUGCCGUGUGUCAUGGUUUUGGUCUGUAGUUUUGCACACAACUUCGCGGCCGUUAAUUCCGACGGCCCCCGAAAUUCAGCUUUCUUCAGAUUUCCAACCAAAGCUUCAGAUUUUCAACUAAACACAUGAACUUGCAACUACUUCCUCCGAUCCUAAAUUGUUUAAAAUAUUACAUGUAUAUAGACGUUUUUUAAGAA